UGCAGCUACAUUCGUUAGCUGUGCCCAUCAACUGAAUUUACUUCGUGACCCCCCGUUACAAAUAAAAACUUUCAAAAUUCUGCCCAUAACAAAUUUCAAACUUCAGCCACAGCCUAUGCAAAAGAUGGCAGCGCCCGUUGGAGCAGCGCCGGCGGCUAUUGAGGCACCGCUAUCCGCCCCGAAAUAUGGCACAUUAAUACCAAAUCGGAUUUUUGUCGGCGGUAUAAGCGGCGACACAACGGAAUCCGAUUUGUGUCGCGUUUUUUCCGCCUAUGGCAAUGUGAAAUCAACAAAAAUUAUUGUCGAUAGAGCUGGUGUCAGUAAAGGUUAUGGUUUUGUAACCUUCGAAACCGAACAGGAGGCACAAAGGCUGCAAACGGAUGGCGAAUGUGUUGUACUGAGGGAUCGUAAACUGAAUAUAGCACCAGCCAUCAAAAAACAGUCGAUUGUGGCCACAAAUGGUGCUGUCUAUUACACAACUACACCUCCAGCCCCCAUAAGCAAUAUGCCGAUUGAUCAAUUUGCCGCCGCUGUUUAUCCACCAGCCGCUGCUACUGCUGCUGGUAUGCCAACACUUUACCCACCUUCAAUGCAAUAUCAACCAUUCUAUCAAUAUUACAGUGUGCCAAUGAAUGUACCCACCAUCUGGCCCCAGAAUUAUCAAGCUGUUGAGCAAACUUUGUUGGCUUACGGCAAUGCCAAUGGCACACAACUUUAAAGAGGCAGACAGACGUCAAUAGCAAUCAGCAUCACCAACAACAACAACAACAACAACAAAAAACAUCACACCAUCACAAACAACAACUCAUAAUUGUUAGAAAGAAAA